UGAUAAAUUUAUCUAUUUAACUAGUGUUUAAGGAAUUAUUAUGGACAUAGAAAAAAAAACGAAGAAAAAUUUCGUUUUCUUUACUAGUAUUCAAGGAUCAGUUAUAUAACAUGUAAGGGGAUUAAGCUGUAAAAAGGGUUUAACACUAUUAUGAAGUGCAAUAAAGACGUAAUUAAUGACAUCAUUGACAUGAUCACGCCUUACAUAAUCUUUGUGAAUAAAAUUCUUUUGUACGUCACUUCUUUGCCAGGGAAGCUAAGAAUUAUGAAGAAAUAUAAAAAGAAUAUUGCUAAUGAGAGGACAGGGAAUUCUUACAUUGUUAAAAAAAUGCUUCAUCAAUGUGAUCAGGAUAUUAUAUCAUUUGAACAAGAGACGAACAACUCUCCUGAGGAUCCAGCUGACAGUGAGAAGACCUCCAUCAAGAGGAGAAUAUUGAAGGUUGCUGUAACGAUCAUGUUUCUUGUCAUGGCAGUUGGCGUGAUUGUUAUAUGGUCGUUACACGAUGGUGGAAAGGAAAAUAAACAAGCCAAGUUCAUCUUCUUUCAUGCUAAUGAUCUGUAUUUGAAAAUUGAUACUGGACAUGAAGACCAAACAUCUCUUGCAGGAAGUAUUGGUGGGGAUCUUUUUGUUGUACCUGGUUCUGAUGAAAGGGGAAUAGAUAAAUGCAAAAGUGAUGCAAAAUGGUGUUUCACAUGGAAAGAGAAAACAGUUUUGACAGUUGACUAUGUUAAAAGAGAAUUAAUGGGGUGUAUGGAUAUUUCAUGGCAAAAUAUAACAUCUAUUUUCCCUACAGAUUGUUAUGAAUUGAAAAUGGGAUAUUGGUUUGGAAUGGGUGGCAAUGAAAAAUGGAUUGCUAAUAACAAUCCCUUGACUGAAGAUUAUUAUCUACCUGGCUAUGAUAAACAACAUGGGAAUGUAUAUGAAUUUUAUUUACUUUCAUCAUAUGGAACAUCAUUUUACAUUGUAAGUGAAGAUCCUUUUCGGUUAAGGCUAAAUGAAACAGAUGACACUAAGUUAUGCAUAUCACCUGUACCAGUUGGCCCACGUAUGUACACUUCACUUGAAUACUCUAUAUGUCAAGGCGACUCAAUUCAGAAUACACAUACUGGGGCAUCACUUAUGUCACAUAGACAAUCCACAGGUUCAAAUAAAGUCAAUAUAACACCAUAUGAAAGAUUUUCAUGGAGUGUUGGAAAUGCUGAUGAACUCUUGAAUGUAACAAAAGUAACAGAUUUUAUUGAGAAAUUGAAAAAAAGAGGUUACCAAUGCGGAGAAAUUGAAAUUGAUUUUAAGUGGGAAAUAUUUGAAGGGGACUUUGAAUUUGAUUCCAAUAUUAAGAAUACCUUGAAUAUUCUGAAGAACCAUGACUGUCAAUUUAUUUUACCCAUAUCUCCUGUUGUGUCGUAUAUGUCAAAGCUGUUUGAUUAUGGUGUUAAAAAUGAAUUAUUUGUCAAAGAUUUGUAUCAGAACACGGUCAGACUGUAUAAUUAUGGAGACAUACAAGGAGCAUUAUUAGACAUGUCAGUGGAAAACACUAGAGAUAUCAUGAAAGAGAAAUUGAAAAGUCUGGCAAACAUUAUUAACAUUUCAAGCUUUAAACUGAAAAAGAUUCCCGUUUCUGUUCAUACAGCUGCAGGGAAUGGAGGAAAAUUCUCUGUAAGUGGAAUUUUUAGAGGUUGGAUUAAUGUUAUUGAGAGUCUAGGAAAGAUACAUAUCCUUGAAAAUGUUUAUCGAGCUCAAGAUAAAUCAGUACUUAUUGAAGUAGGGAGUAGUAUAAGUCAUAAUACUUUGAACCAAUCAUGUCUCUCCAAUCCUCUUCCUACGGUUUUUACGCUAGGUAUUGAUGGAUAUCCUUAUCUGUUGUCAACUGUGUCUAAAAAUAACUUGACCUCUGAACUUUUUAUUCGAUGGUUACAAUAUUCAGCAUUUUUCACAGGACUGACUUUACCAUCAGAUACACUUUUUAUGAGGAACGGAACAAGGGUGUUUGUUACUAAAGUUAAAAAGUUUCGUGAUGGAUUUGUAUCCCAGAUAAUACGAUCUCUACAGCCUGAUGUGUCUCCCAGUCAGCCUAUCUUACUGCCUUUAUGGUGGCAUUAUUCAAGCGAUGAGAAGGUCUUUGCAAUAGAAGAUCAGUUUUUAUUCAAUGAAACUAUUCUGAUAGCUCCAGUGUUUUGUGCCGGACAGAUAACAAGAGAUAUUUAUCUUCCAGCAAUAGAUGGGAUCUGGUCACAUCAACCAACAGGCAAAAAUUAUAACGGAAACAAAUGGAUUAGAAAUUUCAAUGUUGGUUUAGAUGGAAUUCCUUACUUUAAAGCAAAAAAUGUAUAUUGAUCAAAGGUUAAUGAUAUGCAGAUAUUAAAAUAAGAAGCUCAACUCUUGUAGAAGAUUAAUUGUUUGAUCAUAGGAGUGCUGUGUUGAAGGAAAGUUUCAUUGAAUGAGUGCAUUAUUAUUAUAUUAAUAAUUUUGUGACUUAUGUGAUUUGUGGUUUUGUAAGGCUGCAGUAACUGUUUUUUUUUUAAUUAUAAUACAAAAAAUAGGAUGCAUUAGCUAAAUAUAGCAGAGUUUUUGAAAAGUGGAGGUCUGAAGGUUUUGACCACCAAAAUUUUGCAAAGGACUGACACAAUUUUGGUAUUUUGCAAUAGAAAUUAUAGUGAGGACCAGUAGAUUUUCUUCAUGGACCACUAGGUAAAAAACAGAUUUUGAAAAUCUGAUAUAAUAGUAAUGUAAAAUUAUUUUUUUUAGAAGUUUGGGAAAAGGACUGAGCUUUUUGGUUCUCUCCUUCAUUAACUGAAUGAGAUUUCCUAAAGUCUUUGAUUUUGAUUCAAUAUUUUGAGUAAUUAUUUUGUCUGAUUCUAUUUAUCUUGUAACUUCAGUUUACUAUAACAGUAGUGAUUAUACAUAUGAUAUUAUAACAGAAGGUAACCGGCCCUGAUUGAUUCAUAAUAUUCCUUUUAGAUAAAGUUAAUUGUGGAAGGUGUCCCAAUAUUAUCUAUGAAUGCUAACAAUGGUAAAAAGUAAAAAAAGAGCAGUAAAUAUAUUUGAUACCUUCCACUUUUGUGUGUGUGAAAUAACCGUUUGAAGCUUUCUUAUAUAUUUUAUGUGGCAUACAGUAUUCCUAGUUCCCGGUAAUUACUAAAAAUAAGGUAUUUAAUGCAGCGUUUAGUCCAUUUCCAAUCCAGCUGAUCAAGACCAGUUAAAAAGAAAUAUAGGGUAUCAUCAUUAACAUUUAUUUUGAGAAAUAAAAAAUAAAUUGCAAGAGCAUAAAGUAUUGUUUGAUUGUUUGUUUCUUGCAUAACAUACAAGAACAACUAUUUCAUUGGGCAUUAAGGAUUAUAUUUGACAAAUAAAGGCUAAAUAUGAAAUUCACUAGGGAUUCUUCAGACAUUUUACUGUUUCAAUUAGUUACCAUGGUCUUAAAUUGUUUGUCCAGAUGAUAAACAAUGUAAGUAGUUUAUGACAUUGUAUCUCAUUUUGAUUUUACUUUCUGUUGUUUUCCCCCUGAAUCAAUUAGAUUUAUUAUGUGAUUUUUUAUUUUAGUACUAAAAAUGUUCUAAUGUCCCUGCUCCUAAUUGUACAUUGUUUAUGUUGAACAGUUCCACAUUUAUUAUUCAUAUAUCAAAUUGAUUUUUGUACGAUUUUAUUUAAGUUGACUGAAAUAAUAUCUUGAAUUUGAAGAAGCAUUUUUGUAUAAAUUUACAGGUUUUGAAUCUAUAAAGUAGUAUUUGUUGUAAAUUGAGGUGAUUUUUAUCCAACUUUAGGUGUAUUGUUAUUGUUUUAUAUAUUGUCUAGUCAAUUUGUAUACAAAUGUCAGUACGAAGUAUUAAUUAAAUUCAUUAAAAGCCAAAUUGAAUAUUAAUAAUGAAAAUAAAGUUGUCCGGGAUAUAACAUCUAGUUCAAUAUAAAUUCGUAAAAACCUGACAACUUGAAAAAACGUGAUACUAAUUAGUAUUAAAUUAUAUUGUGUAAAGUGUAUAUAAUUUAUUCUUUUUUCUAAAAUGAUGAUUAUUUUUUACACUUGUUUGCUUUUAAAAUGGUGUAUUUAUUUAAAAUAUAGACUUUUCACAAUUUAACAUAAAAAGAUAAUUAAUUUCCAAUUAAAUGUUGAAGUGCCAAUCUGCCUAAGAGUCAAGCAGUACUGUGAAAACAUGACAAACAAAAACCCGCUCAAGUCAACAUUAAUUUAAGUUAAAAAUGUAAUAUAACAUUUGUUUCCUUUUCCUGUUCUGUUGUUUAAAGAUAUAAUUUGGUUGAAAUGCUCUAGAAAUUACCAAUUAAGGGGAGCUAACUCCAUAAUGUGCUAUCAUUUUAACCAAAAGUUAUCUAGAGGAUUCUCGAAUUACCAGACAAGCAGAAAUGAAAGAUCUACCAUUUCUAAAUCAUGAUGAGGGUUACUUCAAAAUAGGAUGGUCAAGUUGGUGUGUUUUUGUCGGUCAUGUUUUGAAAAUCUUUUAAAUUGUGUGAUUCUUACAAAGACUGGCUAGCACUUAAUAGUAUAUAAAUCUAUCCAAUAAAAAUCUUAUACUAUAUAUAUAUAUUCUUUAAUCAAGAUGUAGUAAUUUUAAGCUCAAUUUAAGUAAACUGCUCAAUAGUAUAAUAAGUAAAUGUGAUGGGAGUGUCACAGCAUUUUAUUCACCAUGUCUCAAACAACUAAAUCAAAAAUUGGUAAGGCCAGUACAUGUAUUAAAACAAUUUUUGUUUCUUCUUUUGCGAGCAUAUCCUAAAGGUGUUUGGUAGUUAGAUAAGUAUCAUUUUUUUUCAAAGAAUCAAUUAACACCAUCAAUAUUAAAUUUCAAUGUGUUCAAACUACUUAUUUCAGAAUUUAUAAGAUGAAAAUGAAAAAAAUCUGUUGAAAAUUUCUUUACAGGUAGUAAAGAAAGGGUAAACAGCUAUUUUGUAAUUUUGGUCUUCAUUUUGAUAGUGGAAAAUGAGCUGUGAGGAAUGUAAUUAUGUUGUGUUUCUCAAUUGUGUAAAUUAUCAUUGGUGUAGCACCAGUGUAGCAUUGUAAGCACAAGUAGUGAGAGAAUUGCUUACAAAUAAUUUUAUAAAACAUAUUUUUUUUCAAUAAGAAUUUUACUACAUUUGUAUAAUCGUUUAGCUUUUGGGGGCUGCUGCUCCCAAACCCCCUGCUUACAAUUUAUUUCCCACUGGAUAUGCCAAUGAUAAUGUUGUUUUAAUUUUUGGUUUUAUACCUUUUUUUUCCCUUCUUUUUUUUUUGGAGGGGGGGGGGGAGUAGAAAUAAAAGUAAUGACUUUUGGGGUUGUUUUUUUUUGGUCAACAAUCAGUGAUGAAAUUGAAUAUUUUAUGAUUCAUACUUGUGUAUAUUUUGAACAACUCUAGUUAUUGCUAUUUCAUAUGUACAGGGUCUCAAUGUUUUGCAUAACAGGAAAUCACUGAAGAUUUAACAAUAUUUAAAUUUUGUUUAAUUUAAGACAGUUUUUAUAUUAACAUAUUGUAUAUUCCGUCAGAUAAGUGGAUUAAUUGUGAUCAACUAAGUAAUGGUUUGAAAUAAUUUAAUACAUAAUUAGUCAGCUUAAAAAUUAGAACAUUAGAAAAAGAAAUGUUGAAAGGGUUCUUCGAUUAAAGUUACAUGUAAUUUGAUUGAUCUGAUGAACUAUCAAUGAUUAUACUUGCUGCAACUGAUCAAAUUGUAAGAACUGAAUAAUGCAAUAUAUCUUUACCUAACCCAGGUUGAAAUAUAGUUUCUGCAUAAAAAAACAAAAACCUUUUCCCUCUUUGGUAUUAUUUAUAUUUUGUUGGCUUUACAGAAACAAAUUCCACUGAAUCAAUGCUUAUACACUUACAGUUAGUUUGUAUGAUGAUUUAAUUUCUCUUUUUAAUUUAAACAUGUACAUUCCUGUUCCAUAUGAUUCUUAUCAGUUAUUACAUAAAUAGAUCUACUAGUAUAUAGUAUAUACUAUUUAUGUUGUAAAUUUAUUGGUUAUGAAAUCCUUAUAAAUUUAGCAUACAUUUAUCAUGGUUUCAAUUUUCUCUGUUUCAGAUUUUGAAUAAGAUUUUUUAUCUCGAAUAUUUCUAUUAUCAUAUUUUCACAUACGUUUUUCUCAGACAAUUGAAUGAUAGGUGAGCACUAUUUGAUUUGUGAAGUUAUUUUAGGAAGAAUAUGUGUGGAAACAUUUUAUCGUUGUCUUGUUUAGGUUUUCUCUCGUCUCAACGAAAGUAGGGAAGGAGAGAUUAAGGUUUGCUGUUUCCAGUAGCAUUGUCGUCCGAAUUUGAUAUAAUUUGUGUAAAGGUCAGUUUAAGGGUAACCACUCAUGGUAAGUCAGUAAUAUUUGGUAGGCCGUUGUAUUAGCAUUUCAUUGGCCAUACAGUAUCAUUUUGAUAGAGAUUAUUUGGCAAUGACCACUCACUAUUGCUCCAUUGACUUUGAAACUUUUGCUUAGUUUAUGUGUUAAAAUUUGUGAUUAAAGUCUUCUUAAGGGAAACCAACAUGACCAAUAACACUAAGUCAAUGAUAUUUUAUUAGUAGGCAGUUGUAAUAACCUUGGAACAUCUCAUUUCCAUGGAGAUUAUUUGGCACCUUCACUAAGUCAUGCUCCACUGUCUUUAACUCUUUUGCAUAGUUUACUUGUUUAAGUGUUGCCAUUUAUAUUGAAACAUUUGCAAUAUGCUUUCAAAAUUGUAUAUAGGCAAGACAUAUUUCUGUGUCAACAGUUUAUUAUUAAGUAUAUGGCUUUUGUUCAAAAAUAAAACCUAAAUACAUGUAAAACCAUACAUUUAUUUUUUUACAAAUAAAUCAUUAAUUCAACAAAUUUUUGUAGUGUAGGUUUUGAUACACAAGUAUAUAGUUGCUGUGUUAUUUUUACAUCAAAGGGUUCAUGAUCAAAUUGACACUUUUCCAACUGUGAAAUCCUGUUUGUCUACCGGUACUUAUUUUGUUUUUUUAUAUAUACAUUUUGUAAUAUCUUGUUAUGGUUUGUUGAUGUUUUGAUAUUAAAGAAAGUAGCUUUGAA